GGUGGAGUAUUGGGAGAUCCAGUGAUCCGAUCUAAGUGACGGACCGGGAUGCUGAGGCGGACAUUGGCGCCGAGACACCGCGCCAACGCGACGAAGAGGACGUCACACAUUACAGAGGCCUGACCGCCGCAGGAUGGUGAAGUGCGGCGACGAGCCGCUGCUGGUGCCGCCGCCCAAGGCAGCGGCCAUGGCGGCGACCAGCAGGGCGGCGCCCGCCGUCGGCGUGGGUGGCUGCGUGGACCAGGAGCCCACCUACUGCUUCCGGCUGCAGGAGGAGGCGCCCGACAGGGACCGUGACAGCGCCGCCUCCACCAGCGUCUACUCCAUCUACAAGCAGCGCAUCGACCAGAUGUUCGACGAGACGCGCUCCCAGAUGUCCUCGUCAGCCUGCCGCACCACCACCUCCUACAGCUGCUGCCAACAGGAGGAGCGGCGACGGCAACGACGUGAGGAAGGCGGCAACCGGCGUCCGCGCAUCAGCAACAGCGUGCAGGCGCGCAUCGAGAAGAUGUUCGCCGACAUGGCCGAGGCGUCGGGGGCGGCGGCGGCGGCGGCGACGGCGUCCACGGCGGGUCCUCCGCCUCCUGCGGGGGCGGGGUCGGGCCGCUUCCCCGUGGAGUACCUGGGCGCCGUGCCUCUGCGGGACAAGGUCACCACGCUCAACGGCCUGCAGCAGCCGCUGGCCGACCUCUACCUGGGCAGGCACCACCGCGACGGGGCGGGCGGCGCCGGCUGGCUGGAGAUCUGCGCCGGCGGCCUGCGUGUGGAGGCGCGCGGCCGCCACUGGCUGACCGCCUUCCCCAGCAUCGCCGUCUGGGCCGCCGUCAAGUUCGUGCGCAGGCGCCGCGGCGCCGACGCGCAGUUCGCCUUCCUGCCGCUCAUCGCCGACCCGGACGCCGUCGACAAGGACGCGCUCUUCCGGCCGCUGCCUGCCUCCGCCGGGGCGUACGCAGAGCGGCUGGGCCACUCGCCCGUGCUGGCGGUGGUGAUGCGCGGCGGCCGGCGGCAGCUGGACUGCCACGGCUUCGUGUGCGAGCGCGCCGAGGACGCGGUGGUGGUGGCGGCGGCGCUGUACCAGGCGCUGGUGGCGCACCUGCAGCGCGAGGGCGCGGGCCGCGAGCGGCAACCCACUAGCCGGCUCGACGGCGUCAGCUACGCGCCCGCCGCCUCCAGCGCGCCGCCGCUGCCGGCGCCCGUCCGCCCGCCCCGCAAGAAGAGGUCCUCCGUCUCUUCCGCCAGCGAGGACGGCGAAGACGCCAUCAAGGUCCUGUCCUCAGAGGAGAUACCACCGCCGCAGAAGUCCGGAAAGAAACAACAGUCGCAGUCGAAGACGCAACAGGGGCAAACUCGUAAGUUACCAGCACCAACACCACCGCAUCAGCAGCAACAACAGGAUGGGCAGCACCAAAAGCACCAGCAGAAGCCACAGUUACCACAGACGCAUCAGCAGAACCAGAGGCACCAGUUACCACAGCACCAGCUGCAACAGCAAGAGCAUCAGCAACAGAGGCACCAGUCACCGCAGCAGCAACAACAACAACAGCAACAGCCUGCAGCCAGCAGCGACCCCAGGAGGGGUGCGGGCCCGGGACCAGACUACCACGACGUCCGGCGUCAGCACAGGCCCGCCCCUGGCGGCGACAUCCUCACCAAGGUCGCCAUUCCACGCAGCAGCAGCUUCCUCAACGCCGGAGGACCGUUGUCCAGGUCCGUACCACGACGAGAAGCGAACAAGAUAUUAUAUGCAGACACAGAGGGCGACGGCGGCAGCAGCCCGCUCGGCUUCAACGAGCUGUUCACCGAGUUCCGCGUGCACGAGGGGCUGCACUCCACCGACGACAUCCUGGACGCCAUCAUCGACGCCGAGGGCAUGUCCUUCAACGACCUCAAGCCCAUCUACAAAGAGUUCCUCCUGAAGCUGGCGUUCACGCUGACGCGCGACGAGCUGUACCAGCGCAGCAAGAGCAUCAUGCGACGCCAGCGCAAGAAGCAGCAGAAGCACCGCAAGGGCCUGUACGCCCCAGGGGGCGCUGGGGGCGGCCUCAAGCGCGCCUUUCGCCGCUCCGUCUCCAAGCUGAAGCCCAGGCCGGGCAGCUUCGAGUUCACCUCUGUACUCUUCCAACCGAGGCCAGCUCGAGCGUCCAAGAAGUGCAAGAAGCCGACAUUGGUUACCGGCAAGUGUUCUUCCAGCACGUCGUCAACGUUCUCGUCUCGCAGCCACAAGCUGCGUACGGGAACGAAUCGUUUGCCGAGGCGGCUCAGUAGCCGAAGACGGGCAGGUGCACCUCCUCUGAAGAGGCGUCCAACGGUGAGCACGUCCGAGGAUAGUGACUUCAUGUGCGGCACGGAUGUGAGGCUACCUACUCGUGCCAUUCGCAGCCCUGCGCCUGCCACUGCUGCUGGUAACAUGGCCAACAACCGCUCGUCCAGUGGCUACUUCUCAUGCAGUGAGUGUAGCUAUGACAGCGAGUCCUGCACCUGCACAUCUGCAGACAAGUGCUACUGCUCUCUUGGAGGUGGUGGCGGUGGCAAAGUGCCAUCGGCGAGAGGUCACAAGCACGCCCCCAUCACCUCUGGAACGACAUCAUGUGACUCAGAGAGCUGUGGCGCUGGUCGUUGCUGCACAUGUGGCGUCCCCAGGCCAUCAAUGCCCUAUAGACAGGUUUCAAAACAAAUGGAAUCUCCCGACACUGCUUGGAAACGCAACGAGCGCAGAACCCGUGCUGCUCUGCAGCAACAGACAGCAGCACGCAAGAGAAUGGAUGUGUACAGUGAUGUGGCCGUCCGUCCACAGUACCACCUGCCCAGUGAUUUCCGUGACUUCAGCAGCACUUCAGAUCUCGCACUUGACUAUGAGCUCUUCACAGUCGCCAAGUCAGACAGAAACAGUGUCUGUGAAGAUCGUAAGGUACUAGUUGUGUCUGCUCGUGAUCCACGAGGCCGCCUGCUGUAUGUUGGCCCUGCAUCCUGCCGAGCCAGUUCGAGCAGUGAUUCACAGCGACGCUCACACAAAGCUAGGGCACCACCGAGGCCUGGAAACUCAGCGGGAUCUGAAGCACUCUCAGUGAAGAAAUCCGCUGAAAUUGCAGCACUUUUCUCAAAACAAGCUCUUUCAGCUCCUAAUGAUGAAGUAUUUUACAACACACUCGAGCCACCAGACUAUUAUUUGACAGCAAGAGGAGCCAAGACUGCAUCAAAUUAUAUGGCAAGCAACUUAGAGAACUCACUUGGAUAUCUACCAUAGGAGUGUCAUUAAGAACAGCUGCACAUCUUUCUGCUCAUGUGUACAAACAGUUUUGAUUGCCUUUGUUUGGGAAGCAGCUAUACUAAAUAUCCUCCUCCUCCUUAUCCUCCUCCUCCUCCUCCAACAACAAUAACAAAGUAUACAUUAAUGUUAUAAAAUAAUGUGAGCUAAAAUAAAACUAAAAUACAAAGAUGUGAAAAGUGAAAGUUAAAUAGUGAUGAGAUUGCAUUUCUGGUACCUUCAUAGUUUACUCAGUGAGCAAAAGAAGUAACUUUAGUUUUUCAUGGGUGAGGACUGCUAAGUUUUGACCUCUACUUGCUAUUGUUAUAGUGUCUGAUGUGUUAAUAUUACUGCUUAAAAUCUAAUUAAAAGCUGUCUAAUACAUUCAGAUUCAUUGAAUAUUAUGUUAAUGAAUGAACUGUGGAAAAGUUGCUGCCAACGUCUUGCAAGUACUUUCUUCUGGACAAGAGUUAUCCUGUAUUACAGACAGGAUAACCAAGACAUGUUCACGGAGGACCUACCUUAAAUGUUGUAUGAAAAGCUUGUCAUGAUGUGUUACCUCAUAGUUUCUAUGUAUGAGUCACAAUGUCCUGUAAACGAUAUAACUCAGAAAAGCAACCAAGAAUUCAAUAACAUGGCAAGUUCAGAUGUGAUCAGUGUCAUAAAGUGUGAUGAUAACCAAUAAGGGGGAAAAAUGUGCAAUAUAACUGAUAUGAAAAAAUGUGCAAUAUCAUGUGCAAUAUUCUUAACCUUUUAUUUAUAUAAAAACUGGUGUACAUAAAUAUACAGACAAAUGUGUGAAUACAAAUUGCUUUCAUUAUUUUCCAGACAUUUGUUAUUUCUGUGAUAUA